GCUUACCCAAAACUUGUCUCUACAUAUUAUUAGAGACCAUACACACCGUUUGAGUUUGGGCCAUGACUCGGCGGUGCUCUCAUUGUGCCAACGACGGUCACAACUCUCGAACAUGCCCAUCCAGAGGAGGAGGAAGUGGUAGUGUGAAGCUGUUUGGGUUUAGACUCACAGAUGGCAAGAAGAGUGCCAAUAUGGGGAACCUCUCUGCUCACGAUCAUUCUUCUUCCUCCGCCGCCGCCGCUUCACCCAAUCCCAGCUCUCCUUCCUUGGACCCGAUUCAUGACCCGCUUUACGUGCCCGAUGGUUACCACUCAGACGACCCUGCUCACGCCCCCUCUUCCUCCAAUGGCCGUGCCCAACGCAAGAACGAGAAGUCUCAACCUUCUGGGGUGGUGUCUGUCCAACCUCUGCAAGUCGCUCUUCCCUCCAUUGAUACAACAGAGCGUAUGACCCGCUCCCGACUAAAGGCAAUCCAAGAGGCGAAGGCAUCAGUUGCUGAGGCUCGUGCCUCGCCAACUAGGAAAAGACAUCGAGAGGGCCUACUGGUCUCAAGACGUGGCAUCAGACUCUCUUCGGAUUCAGACCAUGAUGACGACGACGACGACGACAACGACAACGACAACGACAACGACAACCUCCCUAUUGCCUCAAGGGUUACUAGACUUAGGACCUGCAGACUGGUACUCCCGAAUGCUAAAGGAAAACCAAGUGCUGAGGCUGAGCCAGUUGCUGAGGCUGAACUAGUGAUUGAGACUGAGACAAUGGCUGAGGCUGAGCCAAUUGCUGAGGCUGAAGAUGUGGAAGAAGGUCAUGAUAUCCCUCCUACUGAAAGUGGACAAGUCCCCCAUGCUGCGGAAGUUAUAGAGAUUGGUAUGAUUACUGAGGGUGUUGCGGCUCCAAACCCUAUAGACCCUAUUUAUUCCGACCAUUCCUUCGUUGGUGGGAAAGAUUUUGUUCUUGAAACCCCGAGAGAAAAGAGUGGGGCAAGAAAGCCUCUUGAAGUUGAGCCACUCCCAAUGGAAGCUGGAUCUUGGAAUUUUUGUCAAUCCACUAAGCCUUCACUAGUUCAGCAAACCAUCAUUUCUAGUAUCCCAGUUGCAGAGGGGGGUGAAGAUGUGGCGGCUACUUUUGAUGUGGGUCCCCCAAAUUUGGUUCAACUUGCAGAAGUAACUGCCAACAUGGCCACUCCUGGUGCCACUGCUACCGCUGACACUUCUGACCCAGUUGCGUCAGCAACUUCUGAGCAACUUGCUGAUCUGUACCCCACUCACUUCCCUGAGGUGCCAGCUAAUCUUGGAUUAUCACUAGACUUUUAUACAGGAAUGGACACCACUAUUCUACCAGAUUUAAAUGUUGAAGACCUCCACAUAGACGAUUAUUUUUCGGAACGGCAGGAUGAUGUGGGAAGUUUUGGCCUAUCUCUUGAGAUCAGUUCGCCUGGCCACCUCCCGCCAUCUACUCACUCCAACGCUGCUGGGCAGUCGUCUUCAGGGGAGGUGCACCAUCCUCAGACUUUUGGUUGCUCUACAAGUCUCCCCCCCAUAACUCAAGUUAGUGGUGAUAUGAGAGAGUCUACGCAACCUUCAGCAAAAGUUUCUUUUCUGAGCUAUUGGGUCUCCGCCGAAGUUACUCCCAUCCUUGUCCGUAUCCAGGAAUUGCACCCUCGCACCUUCACCGCUUUCAACGUGCCAGGCCCAAUUGUGCAGACAGCGCUGUUGGAGUCCUUUGCCAAUUUCAUUAACGACCUCGCCAUGAAGAAGGUCCUGACCACUUCCAGCAAAUUUGUAGAAAGUGUUGAGGCAAAUCUCGAUGGUUUUGAGAAGAAUGGUUUGGACUUAUCGUGGAUGAGGGCUAGACUCCAAACAGUUGAUGGUUUUUUUGAGCACGAGAAUAAUGUGGCCAUAAUUACCUCCUUGGAAGAGUUCAUCAUAGACUGUGAGGGUGCCUUAGAGCAGUACCGUCAGAACCGGGAUUUGUUCAAGGAAAAAGACUCCGCUCUUGUUGCUCAGUUGCCUCGGGGUGUGACUUUGAUGGACUCCCUGAUGAAGGGUUUAAUUUGAUGUAUUGUGACCUUGUCAUGAUUUUUUCUCCUCUUCUUAUUUCUUUUUUUUGGUAUUCUUGCUAUCUUUUUUUUUUUUUUCCUUCUGUUUUCCUUUGAAUAUUGUAAUCAUGCUUUGGGAAACUUGAUUUCUAUGAGAAACAAAGAUAUUGAGUAGUUGAAUUUCACUUCA